UUCCACGCAUCGCUGGACGAGUGCACGCACGUCAUACACACGCAGAGAGCGACUGCAACGCCCUCCGCAGUUGUCAAUGUGUCCGCGGCCUGCGCGACCUGGAGGAGUAGGCUAUUCCGCGCGACGAGUCAACCGCACGAUUCCCGGAUCAUCGUCGACACCGAAGCUGCUGCUGUGCUGCUUCUAUACGAGGAAAAGAGAGAGAGUUGCGCACGAGAAGUCAACGGCGUCCUCGAGAUACGCCGAGCCGUCAGCUUCUCGGAUGUGGCUGCCCGAUUGAUUUCGAGAUUCUCUUUGACUAGGCUUCAGAAGAAAGAAGCCAAAAUGACGUUGAAUACAGAUAUUUCAACGGCUCUGCACUUGCUGGAGCAUGUGCAGAAGCGAGUGGAGGAUUGCGACGAUCCAAAGUUGCAGCUACACACGAGUCAGGAUCUACAAUCGCUAAUUGCACUGCUAGAGGAUCCAGUAUUCCGUAGCAUUGUGACUAUUCAAGAUUCGUUAGCAGAACUCAACAGUCAGCUAGGACAACAUCCGUCUAUAUUGCCUGGUGAUUUUGAUAUUAAUCUUGGUGGGCAGCUUGAACUUUCGGUUCCUAACACACCUGUCCAGCCUGUUGGACAAGCAAUGUAUCAAAAUCUCUAUCAAGACUCGAGCGAAGUAGACGAUCAGAGAGUUCCAGUUGCACCGUUGCUGCACAGUAGUAGUGAAGAUACCAGUGCACAGGUCACAAGUCCUAGUUUAACGUCAGAAGUCAUUGGAAUGCCACCUAUUAUGACGCCAACCUAUGCAAAAGAAUUCCAAAAGGUCAUUGAAACUGCUGCUAAAGGUCGUCAAAUUUUUACAGUCCAGUUAUUCAAAUCAGAAGGAGCAAGUCUUGGGUUCAGUGUAGUUGGACUGCGAAGUAAAGAUAGAAACGAACUGGGAAUAUUUUUGCAAGAGAUACAGCCAAAUGGAAUCGCUGAAAGCGACGGUCGACUGCUCGAGGGUGACCAGAUAUUGGCGAUUGAUGGACAGCCCCUGGACUCGAAUAUCUCCCACGAGCAGGCGAUAUCCAUCCUACAGAAAGCCCGGGGAUUAGUGGAGCUGAUCGUUGCAAGAAGCGCCCAAGACAUUGGGAGUCCCCUAGCGACGGAUGAGUUGUCCAGGGCGCCAGGUGCAAGCGCAGCGGCAGGAGGAGGAGUCGUCCAGGCAGCAGCGACCGGAAGCAGCGCGAGUCCCGACAAGGAGCCCGUAUCCCUCUCUAUCUCGAGCUCGGCCAAGUCCUCGGUUGCCCAGCCGGCGGGGGUCAGCGCCUCCGCGACAGCAGCACCGACAGCCGCGAGCCAGCCUCCGGUCUCUGGGGGCCUCGUCGUCGAGAGGAGCAACUCCGCCGUCAGCGACGCCUCCAAGAGUGGUGACAUGGUGCUGAACACCGAAUGGGCGCAAGUCGAAGUAAUCAACCUGAUCAACGAUGGCAGUGGCCUUGGAUUCGGUAUCAUCGGCGGACGAAGCACCGGCGUCGUCGUUAAGACUAUUCUUCCCGGCGGAGUCGCCGAUCGCGACAAUCGAUUGCAGAGCGGGGAUCACAUAUUGCAAAUCGGCGAUGUCAACCUGCGUGGAAUGGGAAGCGAGCAGGUCGCUGCGGUGCUGCGCCAGUCCGGCACACACGUGCGUCUCGUCGUCGCUCGGCCCGUCGAGCCCACUUCGCCCGAUUAUCAGAGUACUGUAUACAGGGACAAAAAUGGAGCACUGGGCAGUCACGCUCCGAUCGUGCCGACCAAGAUCCUCGGUGACCCGGAUGAACUGGACAGACACUUGCUGCGCAGCGGAGCCGACGCCCACAAUCUCCGACGAGCCCAGGCUGCCGGCGACAACAGCUACGACAACGGCACCGCCUUCGGACCCGAAUCCGAUUUGGACGCCCACGGUCGCUCGAGCCUCAUCAUGGAGGUGGGCCGAAGUCCGCUGCCCGUCAUCGCGCCGUCGGUGCCGGUCACAGAGCUUCCCGUCCUCUCCAUGGAUCCGAUCGACGUCAACGCCCUGCCCGAGAUGGAGAGAUUCACCGUCGAGCUCAAGAAGGACAGCUGCGGUCUGGGUAUCACCAUUGCCGGCUAUGUUUGCGAGAAGGAGGAAUUGUCGGGCAUCUUCGUGAAGAGCAUAAGCGAGGGCAGUGCUGCGGAUCUGAGCCAAAAGAUCCAGAUAAACGACCGCAUCGUUGAGGUGAACGGGCACUCGCUCCAGGGCUACUCGAACCACGAGGCCGUCGAGGUGCUGCGCAGCACCGGCCAGACUGUCAUACUUUGCCUGGAGCGCUACCUGCGCGGACCCAAGUACGAGCAGCUUCAGCAAGCCAUCGCCGCUAGCGAGCUAAGGCUCCCCCAGCCUAGCUCGCCCUCCAUAACCAGCCUGCCCACUUUUCCCAUUAGUGCCGACGGCGACACGACUCUAGAGAUCGAACCGGAAUAUGAAUCGCAUACCACGGUGGACAGCGCAGUUCUGCAGGAGAUCGAUCGAGACGCUUUAAUGGGUAAUUUGGAUGAGGUCACGAAUGUCGAAGCUCUCCUUAGCGACCCCUCCACGGAGCUGACGCCGAAAAUUGCGUCGGCCAUCAAAGCCAAAUGGCAGAAGAUCGUUGGUCCGGACAUCGAGAUAGUGGCGGCCCAACUGAAGAAGUUUGCGGAAGGCAGCGGUCUCGGUAUUAGUUUAGAAGGGACAGUUGAUGUUGAAAAUGGACAAGAAGUCCGCCCUCAUCAUUACAUUCGCUCGAUUCUGCCGGAAGGGCCAGUUGGACAGAAUGGCAUUUUGAGAUCGGGUGACGAGCUUUUAGAGGUAAACGGCUAUCGCUUACUCGGAAUUAACCACAUGGAGGUAGUUAGCGUAUUAAAAGAACUGCCGAUUCAUGUUCGGAUGGUCUGUGGAAGAAAUAUUGCUUCUCAGGAUCCACUAUGUCCAAUUGAUACUGCCCAACAUCAAGCGGCCUUCCAAACAAGAAGUAUUCUCGGUGGCUCGCUGCAAAAUUUGUUACCUACGUCGGAUCGCUUGGUAAAGGCGAAAUCAGAUGGUUCCUUAGCUUCGACGACAACGACGGCAACUGUGACUGAUGCUAGUCUGAAUAAAAUGAAAUCUCGCUCCUUGGAACCUUUGACUGGACUAGCUAUGUGGAGCUCCGAGCCACAGAUCAUCGAAUUGGUUAAAGGAGAGAGAGGCCUUGGGUUCUCUAUUUUGGAUUAUCAGCGUGAUUAUGUUUUACAGGAUCCAAUGAACCCCAAUGAGACUGUGAUAGUAAUAAGAUCCCUUGUGCCGGGUGGCGUUGCCCAGGUCGACGGCCAACUGAUUCCGGGCGACCGGCUGCUCUUUGUCAACGAUAUUGGACUGGAGAACGCGACUCUAGACCAAGCUGUGCAGGCGCUCAAGGGCGCACCGAAGGGCGUCGUGCGCAUUGGCGUUGCAAAGCCGCUACCUAUCCCCGAUAGCAUUGCACAGCGCCUGACUCCGAUCUGCAUAGUCAGGCGAAGUAAAAGCCUGCCGGACAGCGAAGACACCGAGCAAGGAGCCGAUCUCAACGAUUUCCUCUCGUCCCGAUCAGGCACGAGCGACGGCGCAGAGCAGAAGGCGAUCACCGCCGGUCCGGAAGAUGGCGAGCCUCCACCGGCGACGGACAACGCGCUGCUCGGCUUCGAGGAACUGCUGCCGCGCAGCAAGAGGAAAGAGGACGACUCGCCGCACUCGCUCGUCCAGGACUCGGAGUCGGCGACGGCCCGUCGACGCACAAUGCGCCAGCAGGAGAGCAUCGACCGCGUCAACCGCUUCCUCGACGAGCAGCAGCAGCAGGACGAUGAGUUCCUCGACGCCGAAGACGAGGGGGCAGUGGCUCUGCCAAUCGAGAGUCGACUUGUCUUCGAAGAUGCUCGAGAGGGCGCUGCGAUGGACGCGGCGGCGGCGGCGGCGGCGGCCAAAGAUCUCUUGUUGCCCGAGACGACCGAGGAGGUGGCCACGAGAAAGCGCAGUUCGCUGAGGAGGAGACGAGAGGAUCCCGCCGAGUCUGUCGUCAAGGAUGCGCCGCAGGAUCAAGCCGCGGCGGCGGCCGAGCCGACGAAGAAAACCGUGCGCAUCAGCUCGGUCGAGGAGGAGAUCCGCAUCGAGAGCUUCGACUCCAUCGACAUGGACGAGCUGAUGAGCCCCUACGCCGAGCUGCACCGGGUGCAGCAGGUCACCGCCAAAAUUCUCACUGCCGAAGAGUUCGCCGACAGUAUAGCCUCGAGAGAAAGCACCGCGAAGCCGGAAGAACCGACAGUGGGCUCCGCGACUCCGAGGCUGAGCGCGGACGCCGCGCGGCUGCAGCUCUCAGUGGCAGCGGCCAGCUUGAAGCCUAGCGCCUCGGAGAACGCGAUAACGGCCGGGCGCAGCGACGACAACAAGAUCUCCGAGAGGAACAUCAAGCCGGAGAUCCUGAUGGACCUGUCGAGGCUGACGGCCGACGAGAGCCAGCAGCAGCGGCUGGUCUUCGACGAGGAGCUCCUCGGCACGCCGACGCACCGGCCCAAGCGCAAGCUCAGCCGAGUCAGCAGCGAUAGUGCUUACAGGGCCAUGCCCGAGGUCAAGUUCCACGUGGGAGGCGACGACGAUCCGCCCUCGCUCAGGCACUCCCAGACUGAUCUCUCGAUCUGCGCUCCCGAGGACGAGCUCACGCCGGCGAUGCUCGAGGAGACGGUCAUGCGGAAGGCCGUGAUGAUCGCCGACGUCAGCGCGACGAAGGAGCCGGAAAGGGGCCGCGACAAGCGGUGGAAGAGCGACGAGGAUGUAGCAACCUGGACAGAUCUCCAUCAGGCAUCCUCGGGUUUUCGUCGCUUCUCGAGCGACAGCUCGCCGUUCUCGGAGGGCCGCUCGCGGCAGCGUCACCGUCGCGUCCGCGUCGCCCCGGCUGCGGUAGACCAGCGACUUCGGAAUCGCAACGUCCGCGACGCCCUCGUACCCAAGAAGGAGCCGCCGCCACCGGCUCCAGGCGAAGAUGGAGCCGUCCUCGCCAGAUAUAAACUACAGCCGAGGCCAGCGGCUAUCGGACGUCAGCACUCGUUGAGGUAUCAGCAGCAGACCCUCGAAAGCCCAGCCUCUCUCGAGGAUCUUCUCGGAACAGAGCCCAGCAGUUCGGCGCCGGUCGAGGAGCUCGAAGCCGAGACCCUCGACUACUCGUCGAGCCACAGUCUCCUCAGCGCGUCGUACGGCAGUCCCAAGCGCGAGGUCGAGACCCAGACCCAGGGCGAUCACAAGUCCACCCAGUACGAGCUCGAAGAUCUCGCCUCGCUCGUCGACGACCUCUACGACGCCUCCUCGGACUCGCGCGAGCGUCUAGAGUUUCUGCUCGAGGCUCGCUUCGGAAGCCCGCGUCGCGAGGUCGAGGUCCAGACCGAGCAGGAGUCCAAGGCCUGCCAGUGCGAGCUCAAGGAACUCGAGGCCUCCGGAGAGUUCGGACCCUUCUAUCGGGGAGCGGCGAGCUACGCCAGCCCUAGAAGGGAGGCCCAGGUACAGACCGGACAGGACAGCAAGUGCACGCAGUGCGACUUCGAGGAGUUUGGCGAGCUGCCAGAGACUCUGCUGAGCAAGGUUCAGUGGAGGGAGCCGCUCAACACCGAAGUCAAGCCGCCGCCGGACAGAAGAGCUGUUGAAUGCUCGGCCUCGUCGAUCGAGAGCUCGUCGCCGGGUAGCUCGUCGCCCCAGCGCAAGACGCCCCCGUUGAUAGUGCUGGUGAAGGGUGGCGGCAAGAUCGACAUGACGGUCACCCACCGUGACAAGGACGGCAACGUCGUCUGGGCCAAACACUGGGGCCCCGAGAGACUGGUCGAGAUCUACCGGGAGCCGCAGACUAGCCUUGGUCUCAGCAUCGUCGGAGGCAAGGUCGACUUGCAAGAAGGCGGUGGCUCCAGCAAAUCGCAGAACGUAUCUGGAAUUUUCAUCAAAAACGUUAUCCCGAACAGUCCAGCCGGAAGAGCAGGCGGCUUGCAGACUGGAGACAGGAUAAUCGAAGUGGAUGGCGUGGACUUGCGAAACAGUACGCAUGAACGAGCCGUCAAAGCGAUUCAAGCCGCUGGAAAUCCUGUGCGCCUGCUGGUCCAGUCCUUGGUGCACUUGAGUCCCGAUAAUGAAGGCCCGACACAGGACAGGGAUGGAGGAGGCGGUGGUGGCGGCAGGAGCGGCGGCCGCAGGCAGAGCACGAGGAACCGCAUGGCCGACGAGAUGUCUUCCUUCCGAUACACGUCCGGCGGCUCGCCCACCAGGUCACCGGAAGUGAUUCAGGAAGGGAGACCGGAAUUGAAGAGACAGACCACUGGAGGAGGCUCAGAUGCUGCCGGACCGAGCGGCCGAAGGUCGUCGAUGAAGAAGUCGAUGCGCAAGAGGGCACCUUCGCCACCGGGCGGAGGGACCUUGCGCGAGGUCAGCGAGGAACGAGGCGGCAGCGACGACAAGCCCAAGCCCAAGCCCAAGCCUGCCGAGGCGUCGAAGAACAAGUACUCGUCGGGCGAAAGCUCCGGGGAGGACGAGGAGGAGGACACUCGAGAUCUGGAGGGCAACGUCUACACAAAGUCCGGAGUCGAGAUAUCGAGGAAAAGCGCGGGAAACGUCAAGCGUUCGAAAGAGGAGAUCGCCGCAGAUCCGGACGAAGAGGACGAGUUCGGCUACACACUCAGCAAGGUGAAGAAAAAGUAUCACUUUCUGAAGAAGCCCGUGCUGUUCGUUACGUUGGAAAAGGACCGACGAGGCUUGGGCAUUUCCCUGGCUGGUCAUAAAGACAGAAAUAAAAUGGCUGUUUUUAUUUGCGGUAUCAAUCCCUCGGGAGUGGCGGCCAAAGACGGACAGCUGCAAAUCGGUGACGAGCUACUGGAGGUGAACGGAGCUGUGUUCCAAGGAAGAUGUCACUUGAAUGCCUCAUCCAUGAUCAAGGGAAUGGGAGCGAUGGUUUUCAAAAUCAUCGUUGUCCGGAGACCGAACGCCAUCGAAAAUUGUGCUGUUAAACAAGUACUUCAGUUCCCAUCGGCGUUAGCGGGAGAAGAUUACAGUCACUUGAAAGGUGUCCGAGCGGUUCCAAUAAAAAAGGGCACUUACGGCUUGGGAAUAAUGAUAAUUGAAGGAAAGCACGCUGAAGUCGGACAGGGAAUUUUUGUGUCCGACAUUCAAGAAGGAAGCGCCGCAGAAAUCGCUGGCUUGAAUGUAGGUGAUAUGAUUCUAUCGGUCAACGCGGACACAGUAAUGGGAGCAACUUAUGACGAGGCAACGGCUCUAUUGAAAAAAGCGGAAGGAAUCGUGACGCUAACAGUAUGCAAUCCGAAUCAGAGUAAAGUUGCGGAGGAAGAAGAGCGAAAAGCGAAAGGUGAACCGGAAGCAGUUAAAGAAGCAAAGAAAGAACCGGAGAAGCCGAAAGAACCGGAAAAACCAGCUGAUCCAAAAGAUUGUCCCAUCAGAGACAACAAAGACACGACCAUCGAGUUCCCGAAAGACAAGGAUAAGCCGAUCGGUUUCACAGUCGUCGGAGGAAACGACACGCCUUCCAACGGAGUGUUUGUCCUGGACGUGUUUCCUGACGGAGCCGCCGGCAAAGACGGCCGACUUCAAUCUGGUGACCGCAUCGUCGACAUAAACAAAGAGAGCUUCAAAGCCAUGGAGUCGGACAAAGCCUACCAGACCGUUCUGCGAAUCACCCAGGGACCCAUAAUCAUGAUAGUCCAUCGAGACGAGAAGGCGGUGGAGGAGUUUGAAGUAGAGCUUACGAAAAAGUCAGGCAAGGGAUCCGGCCUCGUUCUGAUGGGCUACAAGAGCGGCAAAGGCGCUUACGUCUCUGAAGUGGUGGCCGGAGGCAGCGCCGCGGAAAGCGGGAAAAUCGUGAAGGGCGACAGAAUCGUGUCGGUCGGCGGACAAGACCUGCGCGAGGCCCCAGUCGAGGAUAUUGCACUUCACGUGAAAGUCUCGAACCCGGUGCAACUAAAGCUGGCCAGAUACAAGUCCAAGUGACAGGGUUCUGCAGGCGGAACUCUAAGACAGCGUUUCGACCCGAGAGCGACUGCAUCGGCCGCAUAACGCUGCCACGAGGGACUCUAGUGUGAUAUAUACGUACGAUUUAAACUAUAAGAUACAUAAGACGUAGUAUAGUCUAAAACGAAACCAAAGAGAUGCAGAGAAAAGAGCUCGAUGCGCGGGGGUGUGCUAUAUGCGACGUCUCUUUUGUAAAGUGCACCGCACGAAACGGACUAUUUUUCAGUACUUUCGGUUAUUAAAAAAAAGAGAAAAAUAAUGAUGAAAAAAAAAAUAUUAAGUAGAGAUAUGACGCGAGUCGAGUGAGAAAAUUAAAAAAAAAACGCUGCAGAGCGUCACGCUCGCGCGCUGAUUUUUAGCCCCUGUUAACCGUUAAGCCGUAGCUAAGGUUAAUGCAGAUUAUAAAUAUAUAUAAAUAUUAUAAUCGAAUAGACAUAUAUAUAUAUAUAUAUAUAUAUAUACACACACACACACACACACACGCACACACACACACACACACACACACACAAAGUAUCAAAAAAAGAGGGGUAUGCAUUAGUAAUAAUUUGCUCGCAGCUGUUCUUAAUAUUGUUGAUAGAGCCGAGCACUGCACACUGAGAGUUUUAAAAAAAUUUUAAAAAAGGCAUCUCGACACUGUUGAAAAUUAUUGGAUGUAUUUUACUUUAUUUCGUUCAACUCUUACACAAAUUAUAUAAUGAAUUAUAUAUAUAUAUAUGUGUGUGUGUGUGUGUGUGUGAAAAAUUGAGAACAAGUAUGGAGACUUUCUAAUAGGCGAAGGACAGACCUGUAUUAUUACAAGAGCAUUUUCGAAAAAUGUCUCGCGAAUAAUAUUUGUCUGUGUAUUAGAAAGUACAUUCGUUCGCUCGCUUUUGCCGAUGGUUUGGGAGCUAUGCAAUUCCGUUCAAUUAUUACAAUAUGUUAUAUCUUCGAAUUCAUGGUACUAUGAGGGUAACAAAUUAGCAAGUACGUUAUUCAUAAGUUCUCGGAUUGAAAGAAGUAAAGUUAUGUUCUACUUUAGAGUGUUUAUUAAAAUAAUCUAUUCAUUGCAAAUAUGAUUGUAUUGAAGAAUUAUCCUUGAAAAAUCACGAUGAUUUUACAUAAAGUUUGCAUUUAAAUAUGAUUACACAUUCCAACGAUUACACUGAGAAUCAUUAUCGUAUACGGGAGCUUGAAUUGCAUUAACAAAUAUUAGUAUAUUCUACUACAGGGGACCAAAUCAGUUUUGAUUCUUCAGUUUAAAACUCACAAGAACAAUGCUGCAAUGCGCGACUAUAGUCGCUCUGAAAUUUGUUCACACCACUGCUAAUUCGCUAGUGUAAAAUUUAUCAGUAUGAUCGAGAUAAUGAAUGUUCUCAGUGUAAUGACCAUAGAAGAAUUAUGUAUUAACAGUGUAUCUAGGGAAUUCAGUUUCUGCUAGAACUUGUUUGAUGCACGACGCUUAACUAUUAGAUAUGAACUUACUUGUCGCACGCAACGUCCCAGUUCGACGCUCGAAAUCCAUUUACGGAUUCGAUUGCUAACUAAUGAAAGAACUCAGACCAAUCAAGACGGCCACUGUAUACGAGAUGUAUACGGAAAGAGGCACAUUGCAAUAACGAGCACCGAACCGACUGCCUAGUCCACGAAGAUCGCUUUUAUGGUUACUUGCCAUUAAUCAUUAACGCGAACCGUAAAUUUUCUGUAAUCACUUUAUUGACCUAAGGUCAUGCCUGUCCAUCGGAUGAUGCAAAAACAGAACUCACGCCAUGGGUCAAAGUUUCAGGUACACGCCUUUCGCGAAACCUGCAUACGCAUAUAUUGCAAACGCAGAAUUAAACCACUCAUUUUUUUGCGCGCGAGAGGCUUGUAUUAUUUUUCUAAUAACAUAUUGCACGCACUAAUUUGAUCGAAGCGCUUCACUUUUUAAGGGCCUUUUUCAAUGAAAUUGCAUCUUUUCUGCGAAAGUGAGAUUUUGUAACAGUUUUUAUUAUCGAGUAAGAUAGUACGUUUCUAAAUCCUUUAGACUCGGCAUGGCGGGUACCUUGUAACGACUACUCGAGAAUCAAGUUUUUGGUAAUUAUUUGAAAAAUUAUUGUUGUAAUGUUUUAGGUUUACGAAUCUGUGAAUAUUGUAAAAUUAUACGAGAAAA